AUGAGUCCAUAAAAUAAUAUAAUAUUUUUAGGAAUGUUUGAAUAUAGUAUAUUAGCAGACAAUCGCUCUGAAUAAAGUAAUUUAGAUUCCUAAGAUAAAAGUAAUGAUGAUUCUGAAGUUAAAGGUUAUGUGGAAAAUAACAAUAUGGAUGGAUAAGAGGAGAAUUCGAAUUAAUUUUCAUAAAUGCCAGAUUAUUCUUUAAAGGAAGAUCGUUACUAUGUUAGUUAAGUAAAAUUGUCACCUAAUUAGCAAUAUAUUGCAUUUGGAGUAAAAAAAUCUGAAAGUAGCUCCGAGAAGUAUUUUCACUUGAUCUUCAAUAUUUAAACUUAAACAAUAUUGUAUUGAGAAGAAUAGUAUUAUGAAAACUUUAUAUUUACAUCAGAUUCUAAAGACGUCAUCUAUUGCUAAGCCUAUAAAAUUUAUUUGAUGAAAUUAGAAACAAUAUAGAAUAAAAAGUUAAUCGAAGGAAAUUUUGCAAAAUUACUCACUGUAAAUUCAAAAAACAAUAUUUACUUUCGAAAAAAUAAUUACCUAUAUCUUUAUUCUAUUGAAAGAAAAGUAACAUCUUCAUUUAUUAUUAAUGAAUCUCUUGAGGGUCAAUGUAUUCGUUAAGCUUAUAAAUUGCAUUCAGACUUAAUCUAUUUAGUUUCACAAGAUUCUAGCUACAUUAUCAAUUAUCCUUCCAACAAAAUUUUAUAAAAGCAAAGAAAUUAAACAGGCUAUUGUGAUAAUGUGAUAUUUAAAAAUUUAUUUCUCAUUGAAUGGGAUCUUGAAAUUGAAAAAGUCUAUUUAAGUUAUUUAAAAAGACGAAAAUUGAUUAGAAAAUUCAAGAAUAGCCGGAAGGGUCAAGCGCAAUAUUUAAAAAUCAAAAUUCUAUAUAUAAGUAUUUUUUCUUGUUGAUUCAGAAAAUAGUAACAUUGAUCAAAGUUACUUACGAAUAAAUUUAUUAACUAAUGCCAUAAUCACAUCUAAGCUUACCUUAGGAAAAUAUAAGUAACUUAUCUAUGAGAGAAUUUUAAUGACAGAUCACCUAUUUAUCAUAAUUGAUUCAUUUAAGUUCAGAUUUUUUAGUAUGACUUGUAAUAGAUCGAUC